AAUUCCUUUAAAAAGGAGAAGAUAUUUCGCCUCAGAAGCCGAAUCUUCACUCAGGGAUCGAAAUAUGGCAGACAAAUGGAAGAACACGGCGAUGCUCGUCGUCGACAUGCAGAGGGAAUUCGUAGAAGACGGUUCUCCCAUACAACUGAAAAGUGGGAAAGCCAUUGUUCCUAAUGUUGUGAGAGCCGUUGAGAUCGCAAGGCAGCGUGGCAUUCUCGUAAUUUGGGUUGUCCGAGAGCACGACCCUCAAGGAAGAGACGUCGAACUAUUCAGACGACACGCUUAUGCUUCUGGGAAAGGGCCGUGCAUCAAGGGAAGCUCGGGUGCAGAGCUCGUGGACGGAUUGAUGAUCAAAGGGAGAGAAUACAAGAUCGUGAAAACCCGUUUUAGCUCGUUCUUCGAUACCAAUCUUCACUCGUUCCUUCAAUCUUGCGCGGUUAACAAGAUAGUCAUUACCGGUAUUCAAACUCCAAACUGCAUCAGACAGACGGCUUUCGAUGCGGUGACAUUGGAUUACCCGUCUGUGACUGUCAUCGUUGAUGCCACGGCUUCUGCUACGCCCGAGAUUCAGGCUGACAACAUUCGGGACAUGAAGAACAUCGGCAUUUCGGCUCCUACGUUACAGGAAUGGUCCGAAGAUGCGUAGCUUAGAUUGAAUAUAAGAUCCUUCUAGAAGGUUAAGAUUGAAAGCCUGCUUCUGUGUUCUUGGUGUUAUGUAUAAAACGACUUCUAAGAUUAAGAUUGAAUAUUCGAACCUUCUCGGUU